CUCGCCCUGUCAUUGAUGGGAAAUCAACUGGAUCGCAUCACCCACCUGAAUUACAGCGAGCUGCCGACCGGGGACCCCUCGGGGAUCGAGAAAGACGAGCUGCGCGUCGGGGUGGCUUACUUCUUCUCGGAUGAGGAGGAGGACCUGGACGAGCGAGGCCAGCCAGACAAGUACAGUGUGAAGGGCUCCAGCAGCCCUGACCAGGAGACGCCCACCCACCACCUCCACCACCAGCUGGUGCUGAACGAAACCCAGUUCUCUGCUUUCCACGGUCAGGAAUGCAUCUUCUCCAAGGUCAGCAGCGGCCCCCAGGCUGGGGACCUCAGCGUCUACUCGGUGUCAGCCCUGCCUGCCCUCUGCAAGCCGGGAGACCUGCUGGAGCUGCUCUACUUGGGGCCGUCAGAGCACCCACCGCCGCACUGGGCAGUGUAUGUGGGCAGCGGGCAGAUCAUCCAUCUGCACCAGGGGCAGAUCCGCCAGGACAGCUUGUACGAGGCGGCCGCGGGCAACGUGGGCCGGGUGGUGAAUAGCUGGUACCGCUUUCGCCCGCUGGUGGCUGAGCUGGUGGUGCAAAACGCUUGCGGGCACCUGGGCUUAAAAAGCGAUGAGAUCUGCUGGACUAACUCUGAAAGCUUCGCCGCCUGGUGCCGGUUCGGGAAACGGGAGUUCAAAGCCGGGGGGGAGCUGCAGGCUGCUGCCGGCUCUCAGCACCAGCAGCAAUACUAUCUCAAGAUCCACUUGGCUGAGAACAAGGUGCACACGGUGAGGUUCCACAGCCUGGAGGAUCUAAUACGGGAGAAGCGCAGGAUCGAUGCCAGUGGCAAACUGAGGGUGAUCAAAGACUUGGCUAUAGUGGAUGGGAAAGAAUAGCGAACAGCAGGGGUACGUGGCUACAUUCCUCCUCCCCUGCCUGGGGAGACCAGCCUGCCACAGAGACAGGAGGCUGCACCCUCUUUCCGUGGGAUGCGACUGGAAGCAGGAUCCAUGGCAACAUUCCAAAAACCAGCAUUCUUUACACUCAUAGCCAGUAUUUUGUUUGGCUUUUAAUAGCAUUAAUGCUGAAAGAAAGAGAGGAAGAAAAGAGGGAGGAGGCGCACGAAAGCGUUCUGAGUAUGUGGACAAAGUCUCUCCUGUUGA